AUGUUUUAUGGGGCUGUGGCGCAUGCACUGCCCGUCAGCAAAUACUCAGUUGAAGUCGGGGUUAUUAACAACCUUGUCCAGAGGCCCGCCCUUCAGCGCGCGGGGGCUCGGCUGUUCCUCUUUGUUUGGAGAGCAUUCCGCCGAUGUUCUUUGGGAGCUCCUUUAGGAGACUUUUUGCAUUUGCUGACCAUGGAGAAAAAGAUUGCAGUUGGGGUGUACAGACAGCUCACCAGUUCGCCCCAGCUGGAGCUGCAGGACCAGCCCUUAGCCAUAGUCAUAUCUUGCCCCAGCAGGGACCUCAAGCUUUGCCCCACAGAUCAGAGGUGUACGUUAUCACUCAAGGCUUGCCUAGUGAAUGGAUGCCCUAGACCAUUAGCUGCAGCAACGCAGCAGCAGCAGCAGCUGCUGCUGCUGCUGUUGGGGUGCUGCGAGAGCAGCAGCCUGCAGCUUCGGGCCUGCUGGUGGGAAGAAAGUAAACUGCUGCUGCUGCUGCUGCUGUUUAAGCAGCAGCUGCAGAUUGUGUUGCUUAUGCCGGUCAGGCAGCAACGGCGUUUGCUGCAGCUGCUGCUGCCUUCUUAUACGCACUGCAGCAGCAGCAGCAGCAAGUUUGGCUGCUCCUUCCAAGGGCCUCCUUGGGUUCCCCAGUGGUGCGGGGCUUUUGGGGCAGUUUUUUCUUUGUAG